GGAAAACAAGAAAUGAACAUUAUCACCCACAAUUCCGUGCUUUUGUAUUUGUAUCGUUGACUUUAAACACCGAUGACAGCCCAGGAUGGAGGCAGUUUUAGCCAAGUAUGAAAACCAGAUCAGUGUGUUCUCUGAAUUCCUAGAAGAUUUACCAGACACUGAAGAGCUAGUGUGGAUUUUAGGACAAUCUUAUAAUGUUAAAACAGAAAAGUCAGCACUUCUUUCGGAUGUGCAUUCGAGGCUGUGGUUCACCUACAGGAAAAAGUUCAGCCCUAUCGGAGGGACGGGUCCAUCGUCAGACACAGGCUGGGGCUGCAUGCUGCGCUGUGGACAGAUGAUCCUGGCACAUGCCCUCAUCUGCACACAUCUGGGAAGAAUGUGGCGGUGGGUGAGUGAGAGACGUCAGCCUGCUGAGUACCAGCGCAUCCUCCACUGCUUUCUGGACAGAAAAGAUAGCUGCUAUUCAAUUCACCAGAUGGCUCAGAUGGGGGUGGGGGAGGGUAAAUCAGUCGGAGAGUGGUACGGUCCAAACACAGUCGCGCAGGUCCUCAGGAAACUCACACUGUUUGAUGAUUGGAGUUCGUUAGCGGUUUACGUGUCGAUGGACAACACUGUAGUGAUCGAAGACAUCAAGAAACAGUGUCAUCAGGAAGUGAGGUCCCCUCAGUGUAUCUCUGGUGGGGUCGAAGUUCCUCCAUUGGGUGAGUCGUCGUCGUCGUCGUCGUCAUCAUCAGGACACAAGCUGACAGACGACCCAGAGCAGCGCUACGCCCCGGGCCACGCCUCCCAUUCCCAAAGGCAUUCCCAGCAUUCCCUGGACUGGAGGCCUCUGCUGCUGCUUAUCCCGCUCCGCAUGGGCAUCAACAACAUCAACCCCGUCUACAUCCAGGCCCUGAAAGAAUGUUUUAAGAUGCGUCAGUCUUGUGGAGUGCUCGGUGGAAAACCCAACCUGGCUUAUUACUUCAUUGGAUUUAUAGAUGAUGAGCUGAUUUAUCUGGACCCUCACACCACUCAAUCAGCUGUGGACUUGGAAACGGACCUCGGGGUGGACGACCAGAGCUUCCACUGCUACAGGAGUCCUCAUCGCAUGAAGAUCACCAGCCUGGACCCGUCUGUAGCUCUGGGCUUCUUCUGUAAGAGUGAAGAGGACUUUGACAGCUGGUGUAAUCAGGUUCAGCAGGAAAUCCUGAAGAAGCGAAACCUGCGGAUGUUUGAGCUGGUGGAGAAGCAUCCGUCUCACUGGCCACCGUUUGUUCCUCCGACUAAACCUGAGGUCCAGACCACAGGAGCAGAGUUCAUCGAGUCCACAGAUAAACUGUUUGAGUCCGAGGACGAGUUUGAGAUCCUGAAUGUUUGAGCUCCGCACAGUUAACCUUCAGGCAAUCGGAGGAUGUUCAGGAUUGUGUUGAAGCAUCAGCGUUCUACUGAUCCACCACGCCCAAGUGCCUCGAAUCAACAACAAGCACAACACCGAGACGCAAAAACAAUAAAUAAGCAAUAAUACACCAGGACCUAAAGACCAUGGGACAGUCAGACUUCUGGAAUGAAGGACAGUCAGUAUUUACAGCAUAAACACCUGUCUCACUCUCUCUCACUGUGGAAUACUGGGUUUAAAAAAGAGAAAAAAGCCAAGGAUUACUGUAGCCACUGUAGGUGAUUUUAGCUCCAUUGAUAGAACUCUGUUUUAUAAAACUGUUGGUUGUAUGAACAUUGUACUGUAUCACAGCAUCUCCUGUUGCACAGAAUCUGCGAGAGAACAAACCUGGAGAUGCCGAUGGUGUCUUUUUAAAAGCCAUGACACACACACACACACACACACACACCUCCUGCAUAGCAGGAGUCAGAUAUGCACAACUCUUUUACUCAGUGUUGUCAGAGGGGAAAUGGUGAAAGUGCCUGUUGGAAGGUUUUAUCGUGCAAAUGUUUUUUCCCCUCGUAAACAGGUUCAAUAAUAACUUCAACAAAUUGCACAUUCAUGUAAAUAUGCUUGAAAAUAAAGAUAUUUAAUGCACCCUU